GUGGGCGCUUGAUGGCUGCAGGAUGCGCUCGGAUCCGCAUCGGCUGCGUCUUCUCGCCCCGCUGCCAGCGACGCGCCAGCUGCAGCCUCGCUGUCGUCGUCGUCCGCGUGAGCCGCACGCUCUGCUCCGAGGCUUCUGACACGAGUCUAGCUGGAAGGACUCUGUGCCUCCCUCACUAGAGGCAGCAUGUCCGUAACGCUCACCCCAAGCAGGAAGCCUUCAUUAGGUCAGUGCAGGCGCUCGGCAGGAACGAGUGGCAGCAGUGGACGAUGCACCCAUAGUGACGUGUCCAGCACCAGCCACUACCCGCUGAAGAUCAAGACGACAGAGGGAAGUCUCACACCUCAGAUGUAUGCCAGUACUUCGAGGCGUCAGGCAAAGCGCACGGUGUGCAGUGACAACCGUGGGAUCAGGCCUCCCACUCCAGAGCAGUACCUCACACCUCUGCAGCAAAAAGAGGUGUGUAUACGUCACCUGCGAGCCAGACUGAGGGACAACGUGGAGAGAUUGCAACACAGGGACUAUGAAAUAGAUGAGUUGAGGACUCAGCUGUACAGGAUGCAGGAAGACUGGAUCGAAGAGGAAUGCCACCGUGUGGAGGCCCAGUUAGCACUCAAAGAGGCCCGCAAGGAAAUUAAUCAGCUCCAAGAAGUGGUGGAGUCCGUGAGGUCCAACCUUGGUGUGCGGGAGCAAGACCCCCAUCACAACCACAAGCCAUACACGUCCCAGGACCCGAGGACCGGCGGGAGGUCCCGCUCCUGCGGCUGCUCUCCUGCCAGCACUUUGACCCGCAGCAGGCACCUGAGCGGCGAGGCCCUGCAGACCGAGUCAAGCCGAGCGCCGCGCCACCUGCUGCUGGAGGCGGCGCUCCUGUCGGAGCAGACGCCUCGACAGGGCCGCGUCAAGGGAACGGCGUCUCCAUCGCCCGCCUGUGACCUUCUUUGCCGAGGGGCCGCCGCGUUGCCUGUCUCGCACUCCUGUCACUCUCUGGGCGGAAGCUGCUACCUCCCUCAUCAUCACUUGUUCCUGCACUUACCUCAGGAGGAGCCCCCGGAAACGGUCGCCUCGACUCUGACUGCAGUCGCGGUCCCGAGUGCUCCGGCGGGGAGGAAGCCAGAGGUGCGCUCGCAGGCCUGCAGUCCGACCAUGACCUGGCUUUCCUGCGAGGAAAACGGCGCAGAGGAGCUGAGUGUCAUUUCUGCAGCGUCGGUGGACGCGAGCCCCGCGCAGCCCCUCGUCUUUCCGACGGCUUCACCUCCUCUGUCUCCUCCCGAGAAUCCCCAUGUGUGCCAACCCCGCCCCGCGGCUCCUCGGAGGCAGGGAGCUGCUGUCCUGGAGAUGGAGGAGGACACCAAGGAAGAAGCAGGAAAUGACGAUUCGCUUCAGCCGUGCCACUGGAGCCCGUACUUUCUCGUGGAUCUGUUGGCUUUGGCGGUGCCGGUGGUCCCAACUGUGGCGUGGCUGUGUCGGGGGGCGCCUCGGGACAUCGUGCCCGUCUAUCAUAUCGGGUCCCUGCUGAGAGGAUGCUGCGCUGUGGCCCUGCACUCGCUCCGUCAAAGAGGCGCGGGCCAAGGACGCAGGCCGGCCAGCGUGAGUGGAACGCCGAUCUGAAUUUGCAUCUCGAUCGAUUAUUUUUUUUAAAAAUCAGAUUUAUCAAUUUUUUUUAUUUGGCGCCAAAUAUACCACACAUAGUACCACAUUUUGCUUUGAGAUGGUAUUUUAAACUUAUGCUCCGAGGAAAAGAGAGUUCAGCAGUGCACUAUAUGCAAAUUACCUUUGUUUUGUUUUUUUCCCCGAAAGUCCAAUGGGGUGACUUCUGAAGCAAAAUUUGCCGCCGAGCACACUAAAUCGGAGUCUCCUCACUUAUCUUUGCACCGGCGUAAACAUUGACCUGAUCACUGACCUCAUAGCAACCUGCGCUGCAUUUUAGAUAUCCAUCCGUGGUUAAGGUUAAGGAUUAAAGGAGCGUGUGUGUGGUCAAAAUAAAUUGUGUGAUUAAUCUGAGUUAAUACAUGAUUCAUGCAAAUUAUUUGUAUUUAUUUUUGUGAUUAAUCAUAAAUUAACGCUUUCACUUUGACAGCCCUAAUCUCAGUCCUCCUGCCUUCCUCAAAUAUACAGGUACUAACUACCCUUUGGAUAUGUUAUUUUUGACACACACCCCUGAUAUUCAGACACCUUUGUGGCUAAAAUUUACGUACACAAACUGCUAAACACCAUAAAUCAAUAACCUUUUUUAUUUCCAACAUCCAUCCAUCCAUCCAUUUUCCACCGCUUAUCAGAGGUUGGGUCACGGGGGCGGUAACUUUAGCAGGGACGCCCAGACUUCCCUCUCCCCAGCCACUUCAUCCAGCUCUUCCGGGGGAUCCCGAGGCGUUCCCAGGCCAGCCGUAGGACGUAGUCUCUCCAGCGUGUCCUGGGUCGUCCCCGGGGUCUCCUCCCGGUGGGACGUGCCCGGAACACCUCACCGGGGAGGCGUCCGGGAGGCAUCCGAAUCAGAUGCCCCAGCCACCUCAUCUGGCUCCUCUCAAUGCGGAGGAGCAGCGCCUCUACUCUGAGAUCCUCCCGGAUGACCGAGCUUCUCACCC